CAUUUGGUAUUUAAAGCGUUUUGUGGAUUUUGUGUCGCCGUGGUGUCUGCUUCUGUGGUGCGUAUUCGCAGAUGCAGCCGAUCAGUUCCCCGAACAUCUUCUCUUUUACUGGCUAAUAAAACCAUCAUUUUUCCAUCAGCGGAUAGGAGCACACUAUUUGUCUAUCGUAAUUUUAUUUUUUUAUCGUUUAUCCUGCGGUUCGCUGGCUGCUCAGCGCGCACUGCACAGGUUGUACCAUAAUUUAUCAUCCGUGUUUUAUCCGUGUGAGUGUGGGAAAUGCGGGAAUACAAAUUGGUUGUCCUGGGCAGCGGUGGUGUGGGAAAAAGUGCCUUGACUGUUCAGUUCGUUCAGGGAAUAUUUGUGGAAAAAUAUGAUCCGACCAUUGAAGAUUCCUACCGAAAACAAGUGGAAGUGGAUGGUCAGCAGUGUAUGCUGGAGAUCCUCGAUACGGCUGGCACGGAACAAUUCACAGCGAUGCGGGAUCUGUACAUGAAGAACGGGCAGGGAUUCGUGCUGGUGUACAGCAUCACCGCACAGUCGACGUUCAAUGAUCUUCAGGACAUUCGGGAGCAGAUUCUCAGAGUGAAGGAUACCAAUGACGUUCCCAUGAUCCUGGUGGGGAAUAAGUGUGAUUUGGAGGAUGAGCGGGUGGUGGGCAAAGAGCAGGGCAUGAAUCUGGCUCGCUCCUUCGAUAAUUGCGCCUUCCUGGAAUCGUCGGCCAAAGCCAAGAUCAACGUGAACGAGAUAUUUUAUGAUUUGGUACGACAAAUAAAUCGCAAGAAUCCCGACACGAAAGCCAAGCACAAGAAGAAGAAGGGCUGUACGCUGCUGUAAAGAGGAACGCCGGAAGGGACUUUUCCUGCUCGUUUUGUCGUACAGCAGCUGGAGGGCGUGGCUUCCUUUCCUGGAUUAAUUCGCCGGCCGCCUCCUCUUCUUACAAAUGGUUCUCCGUGAUUUUCUGCCAUACUGUUUUUGAUUUUCCCCUUUUAUUAUUUUUCUCGCGUCGGACAGGUUCGAGAUGUGGCGCUACAUUGUCUGUAUAAGGUUGGAAAUGUUAAUUUUUUAGCUGUUAGACCGUUUUUUUGAUUAAGUCUGUAUUUUGUAUUAAUUUUGGGAGAAAAGUGCUAUGGUUUUUACACAAAUGUUUUUAGUGUUCUCGCUCAGCUUAUUAGUCAUGCUCCGAUCUACUUUAAUGGAAAAAUUGUCGAAUGCUGAUAAAAAAUAUGGUUCAGUGAAAAUGAGGAAAAAAUUGGUAAAUG